AUGAUAAAUAAAAUAAAGAUUACAAGAUUAAUAUCAUUAUCUAUAUUUUUCAUCAUUUCAAUUUCACUUUGUCAUGGACGUAAUACUCCCAUUUUAUUAAAUGAAACAAACUAUAAACAAUCAAUUCUUGAUUUAAAAUCAAAGAAUCAAUCUGUUAUCUUGCGAUUAUAUUGGGAUAGCAAUGGUGAUCAUUUGGUUGAUAGACUAAUACCAUUCCCAGAGGUUGUUGUAAGAGGAAUCGAUUGCCGAGAGAAUAUAAAACUCUGUGAGAAAGUAUCAUUGGAAAAGAAUCUAUCAACGAUCAUACUUCUUGCAUCCGAUGAAUAUGGAGCACCUGGAAUACCAAUAAAAUUCCAAAGUAGAGAUCAAAGAAAUAAGGAGUUUGAUGAUCUAAUUAGGGAAAUAUUCAAUAUUUUAGGUAUUCCAGUAAACAUUGUAGAGUUGACAUUGUCAAAUGCUCAAGAGGUUGUUUAUAACAGUAAUAAAUCAGUUCUUGUUCAAAUACACUACCAAUGGAAUAAUUAUGACAAAUUUAAUGUUCCAACAUUUGAAAGAUUAUCAGCAAGGUAUUCGAAUGUUCCAAACUUUGUGGUUGCCAGAGCGAAAUGUUGUCAGUUCGAUGGUUGUCAAUGUGAUCAACUUGAUAUCGUUGGAAAAUUAUAUAGUCAAUCUAUUAUAUUGCUCUACUCUGCGAAGCGACAACAAUGUAUCAUCUAUAAUGGUUAUGUUUGUGAAUCUACAAUAAGUGAAUUCAUUCAAGAUGAAAUCGAUGGAAAUGAAUUUAAAUCUCAUUAUAAUACUACACUACUCUCAAAUAACUAUUACUGUUGA